AGCCAUGCAUGCAGAGGUGCAUUUCCGAGACGACUCGGAGGCUCUACUUGUCCUCUGCCAUCGCGUAGUCUCUAACCGAGUCUGACAGAGCUAUCUUGUAGCUUACUUCCAGAGAAUUAAAAUGUAGUCUUAUCUCCCCCUGUUCCCUUCCUUCUUAUCUUUCAGCCACACCCAGUUGAGUAAGGGUAAUUCGAUUACUGGCAACAUGGUGAUGCCCUAUCUCCCUGAAUACGAGGGGCACGAGCCGCAGAGCAAAUUGACUCCUGCGGUGGCUCCCUUCGCCGGACGACUGGGAGGGAACCAGGAUUUUGUAGUAGAUCGCAGUGAUCCGCGCAAUGAUAAGGUCCUGGAGAAGGUGCCAGACGCGGCUCCAUGGAUGUCGCUGAGCGAAAUCUUUGACCUGCGUGGAUUUUUGAGUUUGGAUCUCUGGAAGUUCGCUUUCCUGGAAUGCAUUGCCAGCAUGAUGAACGUCUUUAUCUCAGCAUGGGUCACCCUCCAUGCGCCCGCCGCCGUCGAAGCCCCCAAAACCGAAGUGGGCAUCUACCAUACGCUGACCUUCUUUUCGCCCCUGUUCGGCGGGAUCACCAAUCUCCUGUUGACGCCAUUGCUCAUCUAUACCUUUGCGCCGUCGAGCGGCGGCCACAUUAGUCCCACCAUCACUCUAGCCACGUUGUUCGCGCGGAUUAUCUCGUUCCCUCGGGCGAUCCUAUACAUGGCAGGCCAGACCCUUGGGGGCGCGCUAGCGGGAUUCGCCAUACACACGGCUUACGGAUCCCGGGAUUUCACCGUCGGAGGUUGCCAUGUGGACACCUCCCUAGUGCCGGUGAACGCCGCCCUCAUCAUCGAGUUCUUCGCCUGCUUAGUGUUGAUCUUCCUCGCGUUUGGCGUGGCCCUGGAUCCCCGCCAGGCGAAAAUCUUCGGGCAUGCCGCAGGGCCUUGGUUGGUUGGUGUCGUACUGGGCGUGGUCUGUUGGGCGACUGCCUUCACGCGGCCGGGUUAUAUUGGAGCUAGUCUCAAUCCAGCACGUUGCUUUGGGGUUUAUGUCGCGUCGGAGUUCCCCGGCUAUCAUUGGGUUCAUUGGGUGGCUCCUCUCGCUGCGGCUGCAGCUCAUGGUCUAGUAUAUCUCAUUGAUCCCCUCUGGAGUGAUCCCCGUUAAGAUGUAUAAUAUGGUUAAUAAUUUGUAUAGAGUAAUAACUUGAAGUACAUAUUGUUUCUCCAGAUACGCCUACCAUUUUUAGGGUCCGAAGAACGGGUCUGCGCACGCAUUAUUUCGAACUGUGCAUGCUGAUAGGAAGAUUCUCGACCAGGAGAUUCGUGAUUCAUUUAACCACAAACAGCAGUAGUGGUCUCAAUUGACAUACAGCCUUUCACCAAAUUGCCCUCUAACUGGGUUCUCUACUCAAAAGAGAUACAAGUGAGGUGGGCUGCUGAGCUUUUUAAGCGCCAAUAUUUUUUCCUUUCUUGGUAGGUCGAAAGUAAGUACAUACUAAGAAACGGACAAGUU